UUCAGUGAAAAUACCCAACAACUUUUCCUGACAUUGUUUUUCAAGUUAUUUUGUGAAUUAUUUGUAGUUUUCAUUCGUCAUUAGUUCUUUCAGUUGAAAAGAUUUUGAAGUCUUUCUUCUGUACUCUUUCCUACGUCGCGGGUUCGGUUGAUAUUAUUGAAACUAUGGAAGUCAAGUGCUUUAGUGAAAUCACCUGAGCCUCCUCAAGUGAUUUUCUCUUCUCCUAGUUUCAUCCGUCGUAUUUAUUAUACAGCUAUGAUGUGAUUUUCAAUUUGGUUUUUAGUCGCUUUUGGCUGCAUGAAAUUAGGGAUAUUGCAGCCAGGUGGUUCAUUACACUCAUCUGGCCUCGGAGGUGUAUGCUCUCCUUAGCAGGCAAGUCACCAUUUUUCUCAAGGUUCCAGCAAAAUCUAGCUGAAACUUAAGUUUCAAAAUGCAUCAAAUCCUCACUCCCCUGGAAUAAAACCUGGAUUGGAUGAAAAUGGUCUUAGUUCGAUCCACUGCCGAAAGAAGUUUAUGUGACCAGCCUUUGGAAGAAAACGAUGCUAUGAAAAGAACCCGAGUCCAUGCUCAGCGAAAGUUUGCUCAAGGCGCAGCUUUAUCACCAGUUGGCAUCAAGAAGGAUAUCCUAAAAUUCAACAGAGCAUCUCCUGCAAGUGAUGCCUCUCCUGCUAAACAAUCCAGGAACCAUAGUGAAAUAUCAGAGGUUCUUCCUUCAAAACGCCCUAACACGGAGGAUUUUUUGACAUUUUUAUGCUUCAGAAAUACAAGUAUACUUCCCGCUCGACUUGACUUUUUUGGCGCAGCCUCUGUUUCUGGCAGCGGCAAAAAUUCUGGGAGCAACAAAAAAGCAAACAGUGAAGGAGCAGCCAUGGGACUUGCUAACGUGGCGCCUCAGAAAUCAGAGGAACCAAAGAAAUGUCAAGACAAAUCAGUGACCUCUAAAAUUUCAGUGUUGAAACAGAGAGAGCUUGCGCGGAAAAAGAAACUAGCCAAUCUAAAACAUGCGCAAAGAGCGAAUGCAAAACAUCUGAAACCAGCAGUUGACAGACGGAAGCAACUGAAGACCAAUCUUGGAACAGAACGAUCUCUAAGAAAAAAUAUGAAACUGAAAAAGUUGGAAGCUAUCAAGAAGAAGGUUCCCAGUACCGGAAAAGAUACUGCUGGAAAGAAAGCACCUUCGACAAACAACAAGACAGAAAAGGAAGUGAAACGACCAGUCCCUGUCAAAUCACAGGCAAAGGACCUGAAACCUAGCCUCGUGAAAAGUUCAAUAAAAUCCAAAGCGAAAAGAACUCCUUUAGGCGUGAGGCGAAAUCUUCGUAGUGGAGGUAGCAGUCUUGGCGGCUCUCAGGAGUUGAUAUUGAAAUCUAAAAGAUUGCAAGUCAUACGAAAUCGCAAAGCAAAGCUUGGUGCUGGAAAACAAACGACCCUUCCAAAAGGACAAACAAAAAGUGCAAAAAGAGUUUCAUUGCCCAAAGGUAAAACUACAGGCUUAGAUUUUUCGUCAGAAGAUGACCAGCCUCUUGUUAAAAAACAAAGGACCAAAGAAAACAUUGAGAAGCCGUCAUCCUUGCCAAAAAUCGUGGAGCCUCAAACAUCAUCUCGAUUGAGUAGAAAAACAAAGCAGACCUCUUCAUUGCCUAUGAAAACUCAAGAGAAAGAUACUCGUGGCGCCAAAAAACCAUCUGCAGACUUGGAAAGUUCAAAAAAGAAAAGUCAAGUCGACGAGGCUGCUGCGAAAACAAAAGAAAACCAAGAGAAGAACAAGAAAGGUAAACCAGAAGUUAUGACGGAGACUAAAGAAGAAAUUACAAAGAAGAACCAAGCAAAGCCUGAAAGUAGCACCCAUGAAAAACCAAUAAAAGUGAAACCAAAACAAGCUGUGAUCGUGAAAAAGAACUCAGUGAUUGCCAACCGGACUUCUAAGGGUAAACUUUUGCAAGCCAAAACUCGAUCUCAUGGCCGGCUCGCCUUACGUGCUUCAAGCCAGAGCAAAAAAGCCAAAACCACUUUGACACGUUCUUUGCGCUCUGAAAAAGAGCUGAAAAAAUCGAAGCUUGAAAAUGUUUCUUCCACAUCAGAAACAAAAGCUCCUAAUCUUGUCUCAACUCGAAGCGGUAAGCUCCAAUCUCAGCAAAAUAAUCCUCAAAAGCAAACCGUCGAUAAGGUCAUGAAAGUGAAAGAAGGGACAAACAGUGGUAAUAGAUCUGACAGCGUGAAAUUAUCAAUUUCUACUGACAAUGUCUCAAAGAGUUCAAAGGAUGAAAUGACAGAAAAGGCAAAACAGGUUGUGAAGAAAGAGAGGCCUGUCAUCGAGAAGGCAAAAGACUCAAUUCAAGGGCCUGCAAAACUUUCUGAAAAAUCAAAUCCAGUCGUUCUUAAUACUCGGCGGAAUAGUGUGCCAAGUGUUUCCCCUCCUCCUCAAGUCCAUAAAAAUAAGAGCAAACCAAUAAAUAUUGCGCCAGAAGGCGCAAGUGCAAGUGCUGUCAGGUCUUCUGCAAAUAUAUCUGACGAAAAGAAAGAGCCAGUCAAAAGAAGUCAAGUCAAAACAAACCAGACCCUGAUCAAGGAAAAACCUGAGCCCGCCAAGAAAACGAAAACCGUAGCCAAGGUUCCAACCCCAAAGAGCAGCAAUGACUUGCAUGACCAUCCAUCAAGUGGCAAAGCUGGGAAGAAAAAACUGAGUAAGUCAGAAAAUUCCAAAGAAUCUACCCAAAAAGACCAAAAUUCUUUUGCUGUUUCUUUAAGAUCUGGAGAAAAGAAACCUUCAGUUUCCUCUGAUGAGGAAAUUUUCUCUAAAUUAUCAGCAUUAAAGAAUGUCAAUAAAAAAAGUAGUGAGGAAUCAAAAGAAACUGAAAGCAAGUCUGCCGUUGAAUUUUUGUCGAAACCUAGUAAAGUGCUGAACACAACAGCGUCAAAAGCUAGUAAAUCAAAGGAUUCUCAAGAUUUAUCAGAAAGCGAAACAGAAGAGCCUGAAGCCUCAAAAGUCAAAACCAGUAACAAAAACAAACCAAAAUCUUCAGUGAAAACUGGUCCUAAAAAAUCAAAUACAGCGCCUGAUACUAGUAGUAGUGAAGAUGAUAAAAUGGAAGACCUUCUGAAUCUAGCAGCAUUAAAAACAAAUCUAAACAAGAAGUCGAAUCUGUCAGUUAAAGACAAAGCAAAGAACACCAAUGUGAGUAAAGCAUCUAAUCUUUCGGCAAGCAAUGAGGGGAAGAACAUCAAUUUAAGUAAAAAGUCUAAUUUUGCCAACAAGGAUGCUGAAAAGGAGAUCAAUUCAGUUAAAACCUCCAAUCUAUCAGGCGGGGAGGAAGCAAAGAACAUCAAUUUGAAUAAAAAAUUAAAUCUCUCCGUUAACAACAAAGAAACAAAUAUUGAUCGGAGCAAAAAAUCCAACGUCACUGCAAAUGAUAAAGAAACACGCCAAAACAAAAACGACACCAAAGUACAGUUGAAUUCGCCAGGAAAUAUUGAUGAAGAAAGUAUUUCCAGCACAUCUCUUCCAAUUGUGAAGGAAAAUUCAGGGAAAUCAUCCAAGCCUGAUAAAAUUGACUCUCACAAAAACUUGGCUGCUUAUUCAACACUGUGCGAAAAAAAUGUACCUAAAGUUUCAAAUCUGCUGAAACCGUUGCCUGAAUCAUUCAACACCACCUUGAUUGAUUCGAAAAAUCAAAAUUGUAGUUCUCCUACGGUGAAGAGGAACCAGAUCAAAAGCUUGAAGUCUGUGUCAGACGCUUCCAAAAUUGAGAAACUUCCGAAAGAGGAGAAUUUUACAGAUGAAGAUUCUUUAAAACUUGAGGAAGUAAAAGGUCGAAAGGCAGUUGUUGAGUCGACCGAAAAAGCUGCAAUCUCUGAAAGAAAAAAGAAAAAUCAGACAGGUGUCACAAAAAAGGUAAACAAUAAAGUAGAAGAUGAUGAUUUGAAUACAGCUGAAACCAACAUGUUGUUCACUAAGACCCAAGACAAAGAUCUACAUAGUGAAAGCAAACUUGAAAAAGCCUCAAAUGCAAUAGUUUCCAAAGAGAUUAAUUCAAUAUCCAAAGAACGCGGCAGAAAAUCAAAUUUAAUCCCAUCAAAAGACAAGAAUAUCCCAGAAAACAGCCCACCAAUUCAAUCUGCUAAAAAGUCAAACAAAGAAAUUCAUCAGGCAAAGUCUUCAAAUUUGGUGCCUCAGGUAGAAUCUUCUGUGAAAGCCAAAGAAUUGAGUCGAGACUCGAAGGUACCUCUUCCCAAAGAAACAAAUCCUCCGCAGCCCUCUGUCUCUCUGGUGCCAAAAUCCUAUAUUUCUAAUUUUACUGAAGCAAGUAACUCGGAAAUGAAAGAAUCUAAGAAAACAUCGUUUAAAGGAAAUUUGCCUCAAGUUAAGGAUGUGAAUCAUUCCAAUAGUCUUAAUGAAAUGAAAUCUAAAAAGAAAGUCAUGCAAGUUCAAGAUGUUGAGCAGUUAGAAGUGUUGGAGGAAGCAUCUUCUUCCAAGAAUAUCUCUCAAGUUAAAGAUAGUAACCUGGCAAAAAUGUCCACCAAGACCACACCCAAAAGAAACUUGUCUGUGACUGAAGAUGUAAACGUUUCAAAAGAGUCCAAGAAAAAAAUGAGUGAUGAAAGCUCAUCGCAGUCAAAUGACUUGAAGCGGCUUAAAGACUGCAACAAAAUAUCACCCAAAGAAACUGUGUCUAAAAUGAAGGACAUGAGCCCAGAACCCAACAAAGUAGCAACUAAAAAGACUUUGUCUCAAGCUAAAGAUGUGAAUCUGUCAAAAGAGCAUACUGACCCAAUGCCAAUAGGAACUUCCUCUCUAGUUAAAGAUGUAAACCAACCGAAACCAUCGCAUGCGGUGAGGAUGGGACCUAAUCUCAGCAACUCAGGCUCAUUAUGUGAUCAGAUUCCCGUAACUAACUAUGAAAAUUCGUCCAGUCCGAAAAUUGUGAACAAGUUGGAAAGUGGCAGAAAACAAUUGAAUUUGACGACGUUGCCAAAAAAAUUAGCCUCCAAAGAUUCACCAGAUGAGUCGAAAAUUACUGAUCAAGUGUUUUCCCGAACAAUCACUGAACCAACUCAAGAAGACCUCGUAGCGGCUUCAGAAAGUUUAAUAAGAUUAUCUAUGUCCCAUGUGCCCUUCAAACCCAACUUUUUUGGGCAGAGUUCGAAAGCAAACAACCAAGAAAGCAUAAAUAUUCCAAGUUCUCCAUCUCCGUCUACUGUGCAUGGACAAAAUUACGAACAUCCAAUGCCUCCAUUGAAAAAUACCAAAAGCAACACUCCUGUGAUCUCAUCUGGAAAAGGGAGCAAGUGUGACCUCUUGAAAAAAUGUGAUAAUACAGUUACCGUGCCAAGUGCGUCUGGUGGAGAAUCCCUCUUCUACAAUAAAUCAGCCUCAUCUGCAAAAAGUUCGAACAAAAAUAUACUAGAUACUCCUUACCAAUUAAAAAACAAUUUAUCGUCCAAUUCAUCAAAAUUUGUUGAUGCUAGCUGUUCUUUGGGCAAUAACCUUCAACCUCCAAUCUUGGAACUAACACAAAAGACCUCACCUUCAUUAAACUUAAUUAAGAAAACCAAAACAGAUCAUGAAGGGUACGGUCCAAUGAGUGCACCUGUUUUGGAGACCAAUAAUUUAAGUAGAUUGGACACAAAUAAUACUAUUAUUCCCGAUCAUAAAGAAAAUAAACUACAAUCUAAAAAAGUGAAAAAUGUGGAUGCAGAUGCUGUAGGUGAAAAUAGUAGAAAAAGCAAAAAGACAAAUCUGAAACAUGAUAUUUCAGACGUGAAUGAAAAGAUCAAGUCUUCAAACUUGACAGAGCCGGAACUUCUUUCUAAGGUCAAAGCUGGCACCAGUGAAAGAGCAAAUAGUAAGAAUAGCAUUGGUGAAAUCAAAGAGUCAAGCACUGUGAGGCCCUCAGAAGGAAAUAAUCAUGAAUCUCAAGAAAAAUUGAAAAAUAAUUUUGCUGAAAGCAAACCUGAUGGAAAAGCCGAGACACGAUUACAAGGAAGACUUCAAUCACUGAGUAAACAAAGUAAUUUGUCCAGCAAACAAGAUGAGGGUAUGGACAAGAAGCGAAGUAAAUCAAGUGAUGCAUCAUCAGGAAGUAUGUUCCCAUUGCAGAGACGCAGUGGGCGAAAUCGAGAACCUUCCUCGCCUCUCAGAAAAAGUCCCUCACCCUCACCUCCUUCUCAACGAGUGCUUCGAGCGCGAAAAAGUACCUAUUUUGGAGAAGUGGAUUCCUCUGAUGAGGAUGAAGACUUUGAAUUUUUAAUUGCAUCAGGAAAGUUUCUCAAUGAAAGUGAAGCAAGCAGCAGCCCAAAAUCUGGAAAAGACAAGAGUGUGAACAAAGAAAUAAUCCCAGCAGAUAAGAAAGAAGAGAAAAAAUUGGUCCUCUCCAAACGCAACAAUGUUGCCGAAUCCAGAUCAAAUUUAAGGGCUUCAAAUCAAGAUAAGUCCCAAGAGAGUAUGCCAGACAGUGGAUCUCUAAAAAAAAUUGACAACAAGAAUCAGUAUGUAGACAGUGCAAAAAGCAAGUUGGAAAAGUUGGAACAAGCCUCCGCAAAUAAGAUGAAUUUCAAUGCAAAUCCGUCGCAAAAUGAUGCCAGCGGCUUCAAAAAUACUGUGAUUUCUCCUGAUGGGAAAAGCAAGUUCCCAAAUGAUUGGAAUGACAACAGAGGCAGAAGUUAUCCGCUGGCUGCUGCCUUGGGUACCAGGCCAGAUGGCUUUUUGAAGAACACAAAUACCUUGAGGCAGGAAGCAAGUAGUAGCUCUAGCUCUGCAUCAAAAACUUCCUACGGUCUGCAUCAAAAUGAGACGUUUCCUGCUAAAACUCAGAAUUCCGUCUCAAGUCCAAUGGGGGCAAGCUCCUCAUCACAAGUUCAGGAUUCAAAAUCAAUAAACAAUCAAAUAACUAACUUCCUCUACCAGACACCGGUCAAACCACCAAAAGAUCAUGUAGACAUGAUGAAGAACACCUCGAACAACUCUGUAUUAUCCAGAAAUUUAAAUCUUACUCCGAAUGCUGUUGGGAUAGCCUUGAACUGCCCCAUCAAAGAAACAAGUACUCCCCAAACAAGUGCAAAUCCCUCGAACGCCGUAAAAGAUACGAAUAUCCAGGUUGAGACUGAAAAUAACAGUGCCCCCGUUCAGCAAAGUUGUUCCAGUGUGUCAAAUUUACCGCCCAACAAAAGUCCAGAGCUCCCACGAAUACCGAACAGCGAUCCAAGCAAGAUCCCCAACAAUCCUCGGACAUAUUUCAAUCGCAGUCUUGCUGCUGCACAUUUAAAAUCACAUUCUGCAGGUAUGUCUGGCAGUAAAAAUAUAUUCAUGCGAGCCACAGAUGAGAAGCAAGUUAAUGAAAUUCUGAAACCGGUAAACAAAGACACUGAAUCAGCUACCGUUCAUCCCAAGAAGGGUGCUGAUUCAAACACUCCCAUGUCAGAUCUUGUGAAGAAGUCUCCAAGUAAAGAGAAGGACUCACUGGUUAUAUCACCAGCCUCCGAACCUGUUGCAGAUGCAAGUAGUGCUUCGAAAGAACCAACAGCCUCCGCUUCAGUCAAUCUCAGUGCAUCUUGGAAGAAUGCAUUUAAAAAUGUGAAGUUACCGAAACCAUUUGCUAGUGUACCAAAAACUCCCAUGGACAGAAAUGCAUGGAUCAAGAAACACUCGGCUCCGUUGAGGCUGAACAAACCAAAUGAGCCUCCUGGGUUCCAAAGUGAUCCUUUCCUGAUCAAAAGCAAACCAAAUGAUGUUUUCUCAGUCAAUACCUUAAGUACCUCAAGCUCCAUGGACAAUCGCAAACUGAUAAAUUUUGAUGUUAGAACAGGAAGCACACCCGGUUUAUCUAAGCCAAGUGCUGGGUCAAAAGAUUCCUCUCCCCAGUCUUUGAAGAAAGUUGAAAAGAAUAAUCCAAAAUUCAGCCCUGCACAUAAAAAUAUUAAAGGAUCUGAUUUACCAUUGCCUCUCACUGGACAAUUAAAUGAAGGUACUCUACCCAUCACCAAUCUAAGUCCAACCAAAUGUUCGGAGAGGAACUCAUCAGCUGAAAAAAGUAUUAGUGAACCCAUAUCCAUAGGUAGACACUCGAAUCUACCUCCUCUUAUUGAACAGUCCUCGAAACAUAAUCCUCUCAAAUUAAGUUCUCCAGCCAAAAAAUUGUCGUCUACAGUCCAUGAAAGAGAUGUUCCAGCUCAUGAGAAUCCUGGAGCCUCAUCUCUAACUUCUCGCAGUAAACAGUCUUGCGAUAAUGCUCGAUCUCAAAAAGAAAUUAACUCUUCUAAAAAAGACCCAAUUAUUAGUUCUAGCCCAAAAGGUUUAUCUAAUACAGCCUUUUCCCCAGAAGAAUCUCCUAUCAAAGUUGCGCCAGAAAAAUCCUCUCCCCAUAAAAAGGUGAGCCAUCCAUUAAGUAUCGAGAAUUUCAUCAAACCAAGUACCAAGACGAAUCAUGAGUCUGUAAGGAAAAGAUCAGGUAGUCUGUUGGAAACAGGCGAAGAGCCUGCUCAUAAGCAAAUGGCAUCUGAGGCAAGUUCUGUCGGAAAAAGUUCUUCCUUGAAACCUGUCCCAGCUCUCUAUGAUAAAAUGAGUGUUGGCGCAGACUAUUUCCCAGAACCACAAUCACAAAAACCAACCUACUCAAGCAACCCUACGCUGAAGAAAUACUCACAAUCAUUGUCAACUUCAACUCGAAAAUCAAUUGACAGUGAGGUUGACGUCAAUGCUACUGCAUCAGUUUUAUCAUCCUCCUCCGAGGGGACUCCGGAAAAAGUGACCAAGAAAGUGAUAUUCCAACAGAGGCGCAUGUCAACUGCCAAAGAGCUCGAGUCAUCCAAAAAAGCUGUUGCAUUUUCACCGGAACAUGAGAGUAGUGUGUAUGCCUUUGAACCUGAUCUCCCUCCUACUAGCACUCCAUUUCGAAGGAACAAAAACAAAUCGAACCUUGAUUCCAGCAUUGAUUCAAAUCCAGAAACAGAUAGUUCAUCUAACAAUUCCAUUGCAGUGCAGGUUAAUUUAGAGACGGAAGCUGUUUUUGAAUGCUCAACGCAAGCUGAAGCAGAAGAAGAUGACGAAGAAGAAGGAGAAGAAGAAAACAAAGGUCAGUUAUUUUACAUUCCUCUCCAGCAGUCUGUAUCCGCUCCUUCGCCGCAAAUUCAAGGCGUUGCUGUGAAAUUAGAUACAGAGGGUCCAGAUCAGCGUGUGAUCAUGAGAGCAAAGCUGGUAACGAAACCCCCUUCAAAUUAUGCCAAGAAGACUGCUGCUGUGGCAACAAAUACAGUAAAUUCUUUGGCCCCUCUGCAAGUUGUGUCACCAGAGAAACGGAAGGUUCGACCCCUUGGAGCAAGCAGCGUAGAUAGUAGUGCUCCAGUAGGGACAGUUCAGCCUACAUCCCGCUCAACUUUAAGAGACUCACCCUCACCUGCAGCCUCACCAAAGAGUGUAGAGCAUUCAACGAGCUCUGAUUUAUCGCUACCAUCAACAUCAACUGCUAGUAGAUCUCCAAAACCUGCAAAAAGAGCUAAAAAGUCUGCUACUCAGAAAACUUCCACAGCUAAAGAAUUCCCAAAACCUGAGAGCCCUGGGAAAAUAGUUGAAGCGCCAACUUUCCAUCCCACAGAAGAAGAAUUCUCAGACCCGUUGGAAUACAUCGAACGGAUCAGACCAAUGGCCGAACAAUAUGGACUGUGUCGUGUCGUGCCUCCCUCUAACUUCAAGCCGGAAUGUAAAGUUGCUGAUGACAUGAGGUUCACCGCCUAUAAUCAGUUCGUACACCGAAUGCUGCACCGAUGGGGUCCGUCCAGCAAGGAAUCGGCAGCAAUCCGAAAGCAUCUAGCAACUGAGAAUAUCACCUUGAAAAAUCCUCCAUGUAUUGGGGGUGUCGAGCUUGAUUUACCGCAAUUAUAUCAGAAAGUUCAAAUUUGUGGUGGACUGAAAAAAGUUAUAGAGCAGGAUCGAUGGCAGCGGGUGGCAGAUUUAAUGAAAAUACCCAAAUCUGUUCACGACAGAUCCUCAAAACUAGAUGAAAUCUACUGUAAAUAUUUGCUGCCGUAUGAUACAUUGUCCUCAGGAGAAAAGGCUAAGUUGUUCGCAGAUGUUGAAAAGGAAUGGAAGCAUCACAAAUCUGUUGAAAACGAAUUGUUUGAAGAUAUUGAUGACUGUAUCAUAAAGGGACGAAGCAUGGCCUUGAAUCAGUUCUACAGGGUAGCACGGAAUAUAAUGACCAUCCAUUUCGGAGCUGCCGCAGCGGAUAAGGAAAUUGGCCCAGAUCCAGAGGAUGUUGAGUCCCAAUAUUGGGAUUAUGUCUCAUCCGGUCAAAACCACAUAUGUGUUCAUUCAGCCUCCAUCGAUACGGGUGCUAGAGGCUAUGGUUUUCCAACUACCAAAAAUUCCACUUUUGCCAAACACAAUUGGAAUCUAAAAAUCCUCACCAAUAAUAGCGGAUCUGUUUUAAGGUCGCUGGGACCUCUAAUUGGAGUGACAGUACCUACCCUGCACGUUGGGAUGCUGUUCACAACAUGUUGUUGGUAUCGAGAUCCGCAUGGUCUUCCAUGGAUUGAGUACCUCCAUACUGGUGCUAGAAAGAUUUGGUAUGGAAUUCCUGCUGAAUAUAAUUCAGUUUUUCGAAGUGCAAUGUCGAAACUUUUACCUAGUCAUAAGAGGAGCGACCAGAGCGUGUGGCUGGCAUCGGACACCGCUAUGGUGCCGCCACCAUUGUUGGUUGAGAAUGGCGUUUCAUUAUCGCGUGUUGUUCAACAGCCAGGACAGUUCAUCGUCGUCUUCCCUCGAGCGUUCACCUCCAGCAUUGCCACAGGCUACUUGCUCUCUGAGUCCGUUUAUUUUGCUCCAUCAUCGUGGCUGCAGUCGGCCAAUGACAUCUUCAUUGAUCUGCAGAAUAGUUGUGAGUCAAGUAUUUUCUCUUUGGAACAACUCUUGUGCAGCAUUGCAACUGACUCCAGAACAUCGCUUGAAAUUCUCACGCAGGUUGCGCCUUUAAUAAGUGAAAUGCGGGAUCGUGAAGUAGCACUGCGGACCCAGCUGGAAGAUCUAGGUCUACGAGCAACUGAACGUCUGCCGCGGAAUAACAAGAAAAGGUUGCAAGUGGAUGAAGAUGAAGAUUAUGAGUGCGAAAUUUGUCAUGCCAAUCUGUUUAUUUCUUUGGUCUCCAAUUCUUUUGAAGAGGUCAAUUACUGUCUUUGUCACGGCAUCGAGUUAUUAUCUAAGAAACGGAAUCAUUUGAAGUAUUGUAAAUUGAAAUACGCAUAUUCUGAGGAGGAGCUGGAGGAGAUUAUUGUGAAACUAAAUGAAAGGAUAGAGAUGAAAAGUCAGAAGAAGCUCACUCACAAAAGUUCUGGAAGCACUCCAACCAAAUGAGUGAGAACCUAAGGCAGUUGAUCUGAAAGUUCUUUAUCUCAUUAUUGUAUCAUUAAAAUUUUACAUGUUUUUAAGUUUAAUCAGCCUGAAAACUCAUUGCUGCUGAUCGUCACUUUACACUUGUUGCAAUAGUUUAAAUUUUAGCGAAUCAAUGUUCUAGUUUUUAUACUAUCCCAAGUCAUAUAUUAAGGUGUAACUUUUCGUAAAUGUACAUACACGGCGGGGACCUUUGAGGUAAUAUUAAUACUUUAUUUACAUUAUUGUACUUAUUUAACGGAGCGAUUUUUUAGUAUUUUAGGAAAUGUGGUAUGAAUUUUUUUUUUAAUUGUAGACUCGUUUAUUAUGCAUCUCUGGAAAAGUGAAAUGAAUUUUAUUAUUUUGUUGAAGUUUGACUGUAAAUAGUUGCUUUUAGAAUUUUAUUACUGUCUCUUGCUUGUGGGUAGUGCGUCCUCUUCAUUUAAUCAUUGUAAGUUCAAUAGAAAUCAGGAACUGUUGAUUUUUAAUGUGAUUCCACUUUUAACUCAUGUGAAUUGAUUUAUACUAUCAUAAAAGAUUACUAUCCUUUUUCUUCCUA